UCGCCAUCCACAACGCUGGUCGUCAUGUUAUAUGAGCUAGUUGCUAUUGUCCGUCCGGGUAGCCUUCAGGAGGUCCGCGAAAUUGCUCGCAAUGCCGGAGCCCAUGUUCUGCGCUCUGGCGGAGUAGUCCGUGGCUACACGAACUGGGGCACCUUCCGCCUGCCCAAAACCAUGAAGAAGCAUCAGGCCAAAUACACCGAGGGCCACCACUUCAUUAUGCGCUUCGACUCGUCUGCGUCCGCACAAGCCGGCGUUCAUAGAACGCUUCAUCUAGACCCGCGGAUGAUCCGGUUCUCCAUUGUCAAGCUCGGAAACAAGCUAGAGGAGAUCAAAGAUGUGGAGGGCAAGGUGGAAUGGAACAACAACAAGAGCAUCUACGACAUGAUCUAGAUGGUUUCUGUGGGGGGGACCCUCUCGUGAGGAGUGAAGGAGAGACAGGUGAAUUGUUGCCUGCUCUGUUCUGUAUCAGAUACCUGGUCUUGUUUCUGUUUCUUUCUUUCUUUCUCUUUUUGGCUUUUCUUUCAGCAUUGUAUCAUUUAUCAUCUUACGGGACGGGAGCUGUAUUAUCGGCAUACUUAGGCGCUUAUUGAUUGAAAUCCACUCUGCAAUUUUUACUAUUUCUCAUGGGAUCUACUCUGUGAUGAGUGCGAGUGUUUUCUCGACUAUUCUUCGGAGCCCCUGUCCAAACUCUCCAAACGACUUGUUAGGAUUUGAUCUUGAACGGAAAAAUAACGUUCCCCAUACUCUUUUCUCGGUCCAAAGGUCCAUAUAUCAAACAAACGGAGGCGUCGAUGUUCAAGUAGAUUCUGUCGCGUUGGCCUAAC